CCGCAUCCAUACCUGUUCACUCCAUCUCGCAACCAAAUCCAUACUCACAAAAGAAGGUCUAUCUACCACACUUUCACAAUCACCAUACCCCACACACCCUACAACCAACACACCACACCUCCCGACAAAAUGGGCACCCGCCACCUCAUCUGCGUCUUCUACCUUGGCCGCUUCGUAAUCGCCCAAUACGGCCAAUUCGACGGCUACCCCGAAGUGCAAGGCCUAGCCGUCAUCACCUUCCUCCUCGCUCCUAGCAACAUCGCGCGCCUCAAAGCCGGGCUAACACACACCUACACCCCCACCGCCGAAGAAGUGGAGGAGAUGACCCGAUCGAUUGCUCGACAGGGGGAGGAGUACCACGCCGCCUUGGUGCGCGGGGAGGUCAGCGUGAUGAGCCGGAUGAAACCUACCUGUCCGUCUAUGUGGCGCGAGACGAGCGCGGGGGUGUUGGAGGUUGUGGCGGGUGCUACGGCGGGGGCGACGGUGCCGAUUUAUCAGGAGUUGGGGUUUAUUCAUGAUGGGCUGUUUUGCGAGUGGGCGUAUGUGGUUGAUCUUGAUGCGGAGGUGUUAGAGGUGUACAGUGGGGUUGAGAAGGAGCGUGAGGGGUCUAGUCAGCGGUUUAAGGAUGUGGAUGGGGCGGAGAAGGGGUGGGUGCCGGCGUUGGUUAAGAGUUUUGCUUUUGCGGAGCUCCCUGGGACGAAGGACGACCUUGUUCGGGAGAUUAAUGAGGCUAUCGAGGUGAGGGCUCGGGAGGCGCUGGCUCGGGAGCAGGGAAAGGAUGGUGGCGACAACGCUGCUGCUGUUUCGGCUGUUCUCUGAGAGCGGUCACUGCUGCGUCUGUUCUCUGAGAGAAGGUCCACGUCGCGCAUUCAAGGCAUUCUCGCAGGAAGUACCAGACUGUAUUUGAGGUUUCUCAUUCUAAUUCUAUUGUGAU